AUGUUAAGCAUCCAGCGAGGAAGGCGACCUGGUGCUUAUUCCUUCGAAGUGGAUAUAAAGCAGUGCGGGAGGACAAAGCAAUGGAGUACAGCGCUGGAGCUCUUCAACGACGCGUCUAGAUCACGUUCGACAGUCACCCCAGGCUGCUACAUUGCGAUUGUCAACGCAUGCGGUAAAGGUAAGCAGUGGCAGAGGGCUUUGGCGCUGCUCAGCGAGAUGUGGGAGGCGAAGUGGGAGCCCAACGUCAUCAGUUAUAGCGCUGGGGCAAGCGCCUGCGCGAAGGGUGAGCAGUGGCAGCGAGCGUUGGCGCUUUUCAGGGAGAUGUCGGAGGCGAUGUUGGAGCCCAACGUCAUCAGCUACAGUGCUGGGAUCAGCGCCUGCGCGAAGGGAGAACAGUGGCAGCGAGCUCUGGCGCUACUCAGCGAGAUGUCGGAGGCGAAGUUGGAGCCCGACGUCAUCAGCUACAGUGCUGGGAUCAGCGCCUGCGCGAAGGGAGAAAAGUGGCAGCAGGCGCUGGCGCUGCUCAGCGAGAUGUGGGAUGCGAAGUUGGAGCUCAAUGUCAUCAGCUGGAGCGCUGGGAUCAGCGCCUGCGCGAAGGGUGAGCAGUGGCAGCGGGCGCUGGCGCUGCUCAGCGAGAUGUGGGAGGCAAACUUGGAGCCCGAAGUCAUCAGCUGCAGCGCUGGUCUCGACGCGUGCGAAAAGGGGGGGCAGUGGCGGAUGGCUUUGGUGCUGCUCAGUGAAAUGUCGGAGGCAAUUGUGCAGCCCAACGUCAUCAGUUACGGCGCUGGGAUCAGCGCCUGCGAGAAAUGUGAGCAGUGGCAAGUGGCUCUGGUGCUGUUCAGAACUAUGUGUGAGGCGAACUUGUGGCCAGACGUCAUUUCUACAGCGCUGGGAUCAGCGCGUGCGAGAGGGGCGAACAGUGGCAGCAAGCGCUAG